CUAAGCAUAGUCACGUGCACACUCUUGAUGCUGGUGCUCACAUGAACUGAAACACUUCAACAAGAUGGUGUUCCUGAACUGCAAGGUGCAGUUAACAAGCUACUAAUACCUCAAGCGCUAUUACUGCACUUCUAAUAAUCCAAACUUCGGAAAAGCUGUUGGACUUUAAAUGCUGAUCAUCAAUGUUGACACACCGCAGCAAGAAAAUAUUUUUCAUUUUUUGAUUUUGUGGCUAUUUUAUAGACCUCUUUCUGGAACACUUUGUCGGGAUUUUUUUUUGCAUUGAAGGUAUUGUGUGUUAUUUUUAAGGUGCCCCCAAUCUGUAUGUAUUUUGUAGAUAUUUUACGUUAUGCAAGAAGAUUAAAUUCAAGUCUAUCAAUUUUAAUUAUUACACAACACCUUUAAUAUACUCUGGUUAGUUCUCGCAACUGGUGUUUUCUACAAUAUUUUUCUCAAGUGCUAUUUUUUGCACAUCCAAGUGUUCUAAAGGAACAUACCAACAACAGGAUUUAGAGCGGUUAACAUCAAUUCAUCUUGCAGAGUUGUGCUUGUACACAACUAUGGCUUUUGGGGAUCUCCUAGAGCAGGUGGGGAGCACAGGACGCUUCCAGAUCUUGCAUGUGACUCUUCUCUGCAUGCCUGUCCUGUUGAUGGCCAGUCACAACCUGCUGCAGAACUUUGUGGCCGCGGUGCCUCCUCACUACUGCAGCGCACACACAAACCUGUCUCAGUCCCGGCUGAGCCCAGAGGAAAUGCUGCUGAUCACAGUGCCUCAAGACCAGAUAGGAAAGCCCCAGAGGUGCCAGCGAUACGUUUCUCCACAGUGGCAUCUCCUGACUAAUAACGGGAGCUCCGGCUCAGGAGAGGACAAAGACACCAAGGAAGGUUUGGAUGUUGCUCUGCAGGGAUGCGAAGACGGAUGGUCCUAUAACAUGACUGAGAUGAGCUCAACGAUCAUAUCUGAUUGGAAUUUGGUGUGUGAUCUGCGCUCAUUUAAGCAAAUGGGACAAACAGUCUACAUGGGAGGUGUGCUUGUGGGAGCUGUUGUCUUUGGAGGUCUUUCAGACAGAUAUGGUCGACGCAUUCUCCUGCUCAUUUCUAACCUACUCAUGGCAGUGUCGGGAACGUGUGUUGCUCUCUCCAACUCCUUCACCCUCUACUGUGUGUUCCGCUUUGGCUGUGGCAUGGCUCUGUCCGGCCUGGGACUCAACACCUUCUCGCUUAUUGUGGAGUGGAUCCCCACUCGUGUGCGAACUGUGGUGGGGACAAUAACAGGUUACAGUUACACAGUGGGACAGUUGAUCCUGGCAGUCGUGGCCUACUUCCUCCGGGACUGGAGGUGGUUAACCCUGGCUGUGUCUUUGCCCUUCUAUGUCUUCUUCCUCAUCUCAUGGUGGUUUCAUGAAUCUUCAAGAUGGUUAGUUAUGAGCAAUAAGCCCGAACAAGCCAUCAAGAACCUUAAACGAGUGGCCAAUUUUAACGGACGACAUGAAGAGGGAGAAAAAAUCGACAUUAAAAUGCUGCAAGAGUCCAUGACGAAAGAGAUGUCCUGUUCACAAGGCUCCUACUCUGUCCUGGAUCUGUUCCGUACGCCUACGAUGAGGAAAAUGACCAUCUGCCUGAGUGCUGUCUGGUUUUCAACGAGCUUUGCCUACUAUGGUCUUGCUAUGGAUCUGCAAAAGUUUGGGGUGGACAUCUACUUAAUCCAAGUGAUCUUCGGAGCUGUAGAUAUCCCUGCUAAAAUCGUCAUAACUGUGUCUAUGAGUUUUAUUGGACGACGUCCAUCACAAUGUGGUGGUCUGAUCGUCGCUGGAGUCACUAUUUUGAUCAACCUGCUAGUACCUCUUGAGAAAUCAACUGCACGGACGUGUCUGGCUGUACUGGGUAAAGGUUGCCUUGCUGCAUCCUUCAACUGCUGCUACCUAUAUUCUGGAGAACUGUACCCGACCAUCAUUCGUCAGAACGGCAUGGGCUGGGUAUCCAUGAUGGCUCGUGUAGGAGCCAUGGUGGCCCCUAUGGUGCUUCUCAUGGGCGAAUACAUACCUUGGCUUCCGGGUUUAAUCUACGGAGGAGCUCCGAUUCUCAGCGGAGUGGCUGCAAUAUUUCUUCCAGAAACCCUUGGCUCACCCCUUCCUGACACAAUAGAAGAUGUGGAAGACAGGGGAUCUGGGAGAAGGUCCAAAAUGCUUCCAAAGGAAACAAUUAUCCUGCAAGACACCCAGGCCACCUCUUAAAGCAGGCUGCCUGAAAUCUGGAUUGUACUCCUGAUGUUUUUUCUGACAUGUUAACAAAAGUAGAAUGGUUACUGCCGUUUAUUUGUUUUUGCAUAUCAAGUUUAUUGUGCCGUA